UGCAAACAUUGUUUUGCAUUGAUUUUAUUCUGCAGGAAAAAAUGGAAAGAAACUGACGAGUCCAAUAUUUCUCUUUAACUCGAAUCUCCCACGUAUAGAUAUAAUAUUUAUAUUAUUAAAAAUAUUUCUAAAAUAUAGUUUACAUAUAAACCGACAUUGUUAUAGUUCAGUCAUAAAAGUGUGCGUUUUAUAAUGUUAAGAAUACGUCGGCGUUUUGCCCUGGUGCUCUGUGCCGUUUUCGUGGCAAUUUUCUUGGCAGUGUAUUUCCUAAUCAAUUAUGCGGCACCGGCAGAAGAUAACAAAAAACCUAAUUUUAUGAAUCUCGAUAAUAUUGAAGCGCUAAAACAAAAAAUGGAUUUGCCCAAAGUGUUAGAAACCAACAAUUUAGAAAAUAAUAAUGUGGGUGAAAAACCCCAAAGACAAACGGAACAUUUUAAGAAAUCUGGACAAGGUGUUAAACGCAAAGAGGGAGAUGGAGAUGAGUUAAAAAUUGAACAGAAUAUGAUAAGUGAAAAUAAAGAUGAUACGUGUGAUUUUGAUCCACAACAAGUGCCGCAACCAAAUAUUCAGAUGCUUGACUUGUAUGGCAAAAUGAAAUUUGACAAUCCAGAUGGGGGUGUCUGGAAACAAGGUUGGAAUAUAAAAUACGAUCCCCUGCAAUAUAAUGAUCACCAUAAACUUAAAGUGUUUGUGGUACCACAUUCCCACAAUGAUCCGGGAUGGAUCAAAACAUUUGACGACUAUUAUGAUCAUGAAACUAAACAUAUUUUAUCCAAUGCUUUAAGACAUUUGCGUGAAAAUCCUGAAAUGAAAUUUAUUUGGGCAGAGAUAUCCUAUUUUGCUAAAUUCUAUCAAGAUCUCGGUGAAUCCAAUAAACAGGAAAUAAAAAAAUUGGUUGCGAAUGGUCAACUAGAAUUUGUUACAGGCGGUUGGGUUAUGCCAGACGAGGCCAAUUCACAUUGGCAUAAUAUUUUACUGCAAUUGACGGAAGGUCAACAUUGGUUAAAGAAAUAUUUAAAUGUAACACCCACAAGCUCUUGGGCCAUUGAUCCCUUUGGUCAUAGUGCUUCUAUGCCGUAUAUUUUAAAGAAAUCUGGUUUCACAAAUUCUCUUAUACAAAGAACACACUAUUCGGUGAAAAAGGAAUUAGCUUUAAAGCGUAAUUUGGAAUUCUACUGGAGACAAUUGUGGGAUGACACUGGUAGCACCGACUUGUUCACUCAUAUGAUGCCUUUCUAUUCAUAUGAUAUUCCUCAUUCCUGUGGACCAGAUCCCAAGAUUUGCUGUCAAUUUGAUUUUAAGCGCGUACCCAAUUUUGGUCUUAUGUGCCCCUGGAAAGUACCACCACAAACUAUAGAUGAUCACAAUGUUGCGCAAAGAGCCGAGCUAAUUAUAGAUCAAUGGAAGAAAAAAGCUGAACUUUAUCGCACUAACGUGGUGUUAUUUCCUCUGGGCGAUGAUUUUCGCUAUAGCCAAAGUACCGAAUGGGAAGUGCAACGUGUUAACUAUGAGAAUCUCUUUAAUCACAUAAAUUCCGAGCGAAAAUACUUUGUUGAGGCUAAAUUCGGUACGCUUCAGGAAUAUUUCGAUGCUGUGCAUCAGGAGCAAAAAGAAAAACAACGUGAUUUCCCCACUUUAAGUGGUGAUUUCUUUACAUAUGCCGAUCGUAAUGAUAACUAUUGGAGUGGUUAUUAUACCUCACGUCCCUAUCACAAACGUAUGGAUCGUGUUUUAAUGCACUACAUACGUUCAGCGGAAAUCUUAAGUUCUUGGGAUAAAUGGGAUGAAAGCAGUAAAUUUGAUGAAAUGUUACAGGAUGCCAGAAGACAAUUAUCAUUAUUUCAACAUCAUGAUGGUAUAACGGGUACUGCGAAAACUCAUGUUGUAGAAGAUUACAACAGACGUAUGAUGGAUGCCAUAAAAUCGUGUAGAUUUGUUAUGCAACAGGCGAUUUACAGAUUGUUGACAAAACCUUCGAUAUACAAUGCCGACAACAAUUUCAAUUACUUCUUUAUGGACGAUUCACGCUGGCCAGGUCCUGAUGAUAGUCGCACCACUAUCAUUUUGGGCGAAGAAUUACCCCAAAAACAUUUAGUGUUCCAUAAUUCUUUACCGCAAUGGCGUGAAGAUAUUGUAGAUUUUUAUAUAGCUUCUCCCUAUGUUAGUGUUGUUGAUUUUAAUAACAAUCCAGUUGAUAUACAAAUUAGUCCAGUAUGGACUUGGCAUAAGCAUACAUUAACGAAUACUAUUACACCGCAAGCUUCUACCACAAAGUAUAGACUGAUAUUUAAAGCCAAAGUACCACCGCUGGGAUUGUCAACGUAUAUUGUGAAGGUGGAAACGCCUGAAACGAUAAAACCAAACUACAUAACCUUUGCCUCCAAUCUGAUAUUAACUAAAAAUCCUAUUACCACACAACUGGGUGAUUAUCCUAAAGAAGUGAAAUUUGGCAAACAUAGAGAAAUUUCCCUUAAAGUGGGUUCCGGACCUACAGUAGCUUUUAGCGCUGAGGGAAUGAUGAAAUCCAUACAAAUAAAAGAAUCGGAGGCACAUACACCAGUAAGAGUACAAUUUUUCAAAUAUGGUGUACGUCAAAAGGGUGAAUACUCGGGUGCCUAUCUAUUCCUGCCCAACGGAUUUGCCUCUCAGAUUACUAAUGCACAACAACCGGUAGUUUUAGUUACGAAAGGUCCUUUGGAAUCUUCGAUUAGUGUUGGUCUCAGCUUUGGUGUUCAUCAUACCAUACUGCGAGAUGGUGAGGCACCUGAAAUACGCAAUAACAUUGACAUCAACGAUAUGGAUGAUACAGAAAUUGUAAUGCGUUUCCAGACGCGUAUACAUAAUGAUGAAACUUUCUAUACGGAUCUUAAUAGUUUGCAGCUUAUUAAGCGUCAACGUUUUACUAAAAUUCCUCUGCAAGGCAAUUAUUAUCCCAUACCUUCAGCAAUUUAUAUAGAAGAUGAUACUUUACGUUUAACCGUGGUAUCGGCUCAACCAUUGGGCGGCUCUUCUUUGGCCGAUGGUGAAGUGGAAAUUAUGCAAGAUCGCCGUUUAACUCAUGAUGAUGAGCGUGGUUUGGGUCAAGGAGUACUGGAUAAUCAACCAGUUUUACACAUAUUCCGUGUAUUGCUGGAAAGAAUAGAUAAUUGUGAAAAAUUGGCGGAUAAUCAUCCUUCGGGUAUUUUAACUUUACCCGCUUAUCGCAAUUUAAAAUCCAUAUUAGAUCCCAUUGAUAAGUUUAUAUUUACCGAAAACGAUUGGUUGGGAGUAAUGCCGGAAUUUGGUUCCUCACACACUGCCUUGGGUGAGGAUAUGGAAAUUGUGGUAAUGAGAAAUUUGCCAGCCUCUAGUGCUAUACCAGCUAUAGCCCGAGAUCGUAAGCCACACAUGCAACAAAACACUGGACUUAUCAUACAUCGAACUAAUUUAAUGCAAUGCUCGGGACUACAGGCUCAAAAUACUGGCGAGUUGAAUUUACAUCAUUUGUUGCAGUGGGGUUCUCAAAAUGUUUCGGCUGUUUAUAAGACGAAUUUAACAUUCCUUAAACGUUUGUCUUCACAGAAAAUCGAUGAAGAUAUAACCAUGUGUCCUAUGGAUUCUUUGGCAUUUAUCCUACAAAGACACAGUUGAUCACUUUAAGUUUACAAUGAAUUUAUUUAAAAUUUUCUUUUCUAUUUUUUUCAAACUUUAUUUUAACUAAUCUUGACUGACUUACAUUGAGUUGGAGUUUACUUUAUACCAAAAAUGUUUUUUAUUUUUCAUUCUCGUUCUUUAUAAACUAGACGAUUUUAUUUUAUUGUGUUGUAAUUUAUUUAGUUUUAUUUGUUUUUAAAAUGGGUCAGUUGUUUACUUUUUUAGUGUUUUAUGUUUUUCUUUUUCUGCUUUCUUAUGAUAUUUCAAUUUAUCAUUUUCUAACACUAUAUUUUUUUCAUUUUUCUUAAUUAAUAAUUAAGGCACGUAUGACUGUUUGUUGUAUUUAACUUUGUUUAAAGUGAAAUAUUUAAUAUUAUUAAAGAAAUAUAUAUUUAUUGUAUGAGUGAUAUUAAUACAACAAAAAAAUAAUACAAAAAAAUCUCAUAAAUACCUAUGAACCAGUGACUUUUUCAACAAAGUAUUUGUAGAAAGUUUUAUAUGUAUGUAAUAUGUACUUUUUCGUUUUUGCCACCGAUAUAAAUGAGUUUUUUUUUUUAAAUUUUACAGACCUUAAGUACUCGAAUACUUUUCAUAUUUACAGCGGACAGCUUUAGAAUAGUA